AUGAUCACUGAGGAGCAGGAAAAGCGCGCGAUUGCGCGCGAGAACGACAUUCGGCGCGCAGGCAGCGAACCUAUCAACGCCACCUUUGUCCGCCGCGCCUCAACGCUGGUGAUCACCAAAUUGUGCGGUAGCAAGCUACUGCUAAAGCUGUCGACUCGCUGGCGAAAGCAAGGGGUGCUGUUUCUACCUGGCGGUAUUUGCAUCAAGCAUGGUGUAGCGGAAGCAAACACGAUCCAAUUUAUUGCCAAGAACACAACGAUCCCUGUGCCCAAGAUUUAUGCGGCGUUUCGUCGGAAACAUCUCAUUUACUCAGUCAUGGAAAGAAUUGAUGGCGAGAUGUUACACAAAUGCUGGCCAAAACUGUCCGAGGAAUCGAAAGCCAAAAUCUUCCAUCAGCUGAAGCUCAUGAUUCGGAAUCUGCAUAGCCUAAAGCCAGUGGAAGGUGUAGGAUGUGAGAAUGUGAAUGGUGGACCUAUCUAUGAUGGGCGCAUGCCUUUUUGCCCGACAAUUUACUUUGGUCCCUUCAAGAGCGGGGUCAGCGAAUUUCACAGGUGGCUCAGAUCUGGGCUUGACACAUGUGGAAUCCCCGAUGUGCAGCGAUUCAUCGAUUGGCACAGGUCAACAGAUUGGCCCUUACAAUUUACGCAUGGCGAUCUGAGCACCUUGAACAUCAUGGUCAAAGGCGAUAAAGUUGUAGGCAUCGUGGAUUGGGAGACCGCCGGGUGGUAUCCCGCCUACUGGGAGUACACCUCUGCUCGGUAUGCAAACCCGAGAAACUUCUGGUGGAGUGAUUACAUUGACAACUUCCUCGAGCCGCUAUCUGAGGCUCGGGAAAUGGACCUGAUUCGGCUUGAGUACUGGGGCCCCAUAUAA